UUUUUAUCGCGAUUGACUACAUUGAUGAACAUCAAUGUUAUCACAAAAUGAGCUUCGCGCAAAGAUUCUAUUCUACAUAUUCUUUACAAACAUAUGUAUAUCGAGCAAAAUCUCAAAACAAUAUUUAAUAUUUAUUUAUUAACACAGUAAUUAAAAGAACUCAGAGUCGUCGGUUAAAUCAGAGCAUAGCAAAUCCAGGCAAAAGUAAGUCCGUCGCACGAAUCACACCGCAAGUUAUUAAAAAAAUAAUUGAUUCCAUUUGACAUUGAGAUGUAAACAAACACAUCGAAACUGAUGAGAGAUUAAAAUUGAUUGCAAUAAUUAUCGAUAUUUGAAUUGUCGAUUAAACGAUAAGAUUAAACAUCAUUUAUCGUCUGUUUAAAAAUUGUGAAAUUUGCUAAACACAGUAAUGUAUGAAAUAAUUGUUAAGCAUUUGUUGCUAUGCUCAACGCAAAAAUAAGAGAAUUGGUGAAGAAUGCGCAUUGAUAACAAUCGGAAGGAGUGAGGGAUCGACGUGAGAGAAUUUAUCAUAUAUUGCCGUUACAGCGAGUGUCAGUAGUUUACUGUAUUUUACACAAGUAACCGCGUGUCGCUGAUAAUUGCGGCUAAAGAAUCGCGCGCGGGUUUAUACGUUCGACAUUUUACAAGAAUGAGUAUCGGCAUUGCGUUGACAGUACUUGUCACUCUCACAUUAGUUCCUGCCGAUAACUCCGUGGAUUUAAGAUUUAUCGGAGCAUUAAACGAUUCAAUCUACGAACAAAUUUCGAAGAAUAAUUCACACUCAAAUAAUACUCAAAAAUAUGACUCGGUUCGUCUAAGUAAUGCAUCAUUAGACGAGAACGUAACAAAGAUUACGUUCGGAAAAUACAAUGACGUCGAGAACGAUGGAACGGAAAAUUGUACGGAACGUUCGAUCAGAGAAUUCAAUGAACUGUUCACGCUGGAGCAGCGUCGUCAGGGCGCGGUGAUACUGCACCUUGUAUUUGGAUUCUAUUGCUUCAUUUUGACCGCGUUUGUUUGUAACGACUACUUGCUGCCGGCGCUCGACAUCAUAUGUCAGCGUUUGAACAUCAGCGUCGACAUCGCCGGAGCGACGUUUCUCGCCACCGCGAGCUGCUUUCCCGAAUUAUUUGUCAACGUCGUCGGGACCUUUUUGACCGAAUCUGAUCUCGGCGUCGGCACCGUAAUGGGCGGCGCGGUUUUCAACACGUUCGCGACUCCAGCAUGCGGUGCGUUAUCCGCACUUCAUGCAAUACCGUUAGAAUGGCGAAUACUAACGCGAGAUUCUGUUAUUUAUGUAAUAUCAGUCGCCGUCUUGGUGAUCAUAAUGUGGGACGGCGUGAUCAUGUUGUACGAAGCGAUUAUCCUCAUGGCGCUCUUUGUUGGUUAUUUGAUAAUAUUGUUUUGCUCCAAAUAUUUUGCACGUUGGCACAACAAGCUUGUGCAUCUGUGCACUAGCAAUGCCAACAGUAAAAAUUUUUCCGACCAAAAAGCUCCUAAAGACAAGGAAGAACAAAUGCCUGACGGCCGGUACAAGCCGUAUUUUCACGGCGAGCUCGUGACGGAAUACAAAAAGAACGUAGCGAACAUUAAAGCUCAGAAGCCUUCCGCUAACGGCGUAGAGGCACAAAAGCACGUAGACAAGGUGGAGGAUUACGUAGAACCAGAUACGCCCUUCGUAUGGCCGACCGGUAGUACAUUAGCCAAACUCUGGUUUUGUUUCGUUUGGCCGUUAAAAUUAAUCUUGUACGUUACGAUACCGGACAGCAGGUAUAAGCGAUGGAGAAACUGGUAUCUGGUAACGUUCGUCAUGUGCAUCGUCUGGAUCGCGAUAUCUUCCUACCUGACGUCGUGGAUGACGACCGUUAUCGGCGAUACCAUCGGCAUCCCGGAUUCUGUGAUGGGCAUCACGUUUCAGGCCGCCGGUGGUAACAUGCCCGAACUCGUUUCGAUCGUCAUACUUUCGAGACAAGGUAACGGAGAUAUGGCAAUGAGCAAUACGUUAGGUGCGAACACGCUCGAUAUUCUGUUGUGUCUCGGUUUGCCGUGGAUGAUAAAGAUACUGAUGGACGGGAAGGAGAUCCAAAUUGUCUCAGGUGCUUUGCGGUUCAGCGUGUUCUCGAUUAUCGUGUGCGUUAUCGCUUUUUACGCGGUGACCGCAUUCUGCGGAUAUCGUUUAAACAAGAAAGUGGGUAUUAUCUGCUUGAUAUUAUACAUAAUAUUUUUGGUUUUCGCUUUGCUGUUUGAAUUGAAUAUUUUCUUCCCUGUGAAUUUACCCAUGUGCUCUUCCUAAAUUCAAUAUCAAGUCGAGGUCAUUGAGUUUUUAUCAAAUUUCUUUGUUUUUGUUUUACUUGAAAAGUAAAAGGAGAUGUAUAUACGUAGAAAUUGUAUUUGUGUCAAUCGUGAAUCUUGUUGUUGGUUAACAAAAUAUUGUUUUGUACAUCGUAUUAUAACCAAGUGCUGUGCAUUUUGGAAUAGAUAUAUUUUGUAAUUUAAAAAAGAAAAUUGGUUUUUCACUUUCCGUUGCAAUCAGACCUUACGCAAUAUGUUUGUGCACUCGAUCUUGAAAACUUCUGGUCACCGUUGUCAUUAGUGCGAUUAUCAUUAGCGAAAAGACUUUGAUAAGAGUGUUGUAAAAAUAAAACAUUAGUAAUGAUACGGUAAAAGUAUACAGCACAUUUUUUUAGGUUUUCAACAAAGAACUAAUAUUCUUCAGAAAGAUGAGGGGUUUUAUAAUUUUUAUUAUAAAAUUAUUAUAAUUUAUACACACUCUAGACGUGUGGUUAUAAUGCUGAUAAGUAUGAAGACGCAAAAGUGUUCUUAGAGUGCUAGUUUUGGGAUGGGCCAACCCAAUUGCGAAUUAUUAUUGUUAACGUUCGUUCAAAAGUAAAUUUUGUUCAGUUACAUAGUUUUACGGUGUAGAUGUAUGAAUUUGUAUGCACGACGUUUGUAAUUUAAACUAUAAGAAAACGCGAGCCUGUGUUGAAAAACAAAUUUAAAAUAAUAUCGUUAUUUAUGUAUAUAUAUAUAUAUAUAUACAUAUACAUAUAUAUUGCUCAUAGGUUGCCCAUCUCAAACUUAAAAUACUAUAGUAUAAAGUACUAUAGUAUAAAUCGGCCUCGCAUAAGUAGCCGUUUUUUUUUUUUUUAUAUUUACAAGCGGACGGCAUGACAUUUCUCAUUUGAUAUCGAUUAUUUUCGCAUUUUACGAGAACGAAGCGAUCAACAUGUCAUUAAACUGUUCGCGUCUAUGUAUAUCUGUUUUUAUAUACAUAUAUAUAUAGUACGAUAAGAGUUUGUCGGAAAAAAUUAAUUUAGGUUUAGAAGAAUUUUUGUUUACGUAUAUGUUACGUGUUUUUAUGGUUUUUAUAUUAUACUCUUAUUGCAAGUUUUUUUUUAAAAUAUGAAUUUAAAUUAUAUAUAUUAUUUUGUCAUACAUCUCUAUAAUAUAUACGUCAUUGAAAUACGCUGCUGGCGAAGAGAGAAAUCAUCAUUCAUUGGUAGUAAUGACAUACACAGUAAUUAAUAGAUACACGCCAAUUAUGACAACAGUGGUCCCUACGAUAGUCAAGGACACAGUCAGUGAUAUAUAUGUAUAGCGAGAUAUACCCAUUACAGCAUUGGUCCCCUUAUUCGUCCAGGGUAUCACCAGUAACCGUAUGGAUAUGCCCAAUGACUAUUAGGAGAUAAAGGAUCAUGUCCUCCUGUCUCCUUAAUAGACAGUAUUAUCAUUUUAUUAGGAAAAGCUUACGUAAGCUUCGAUGUGUGUGUUUAUUUUUAUCGUGAGGCUUAAUCGCUUCGUACUUGUAAAAGACGGAAACGAUCGGAUAUAACAAAAUAUCAUGACGACUUGAAUAGUUUUUUUUUUUUUUUUUUCUUUUAUUCGAUACGAUUAGGACUCUGGUGUGUCACAAAUAUUUUUAAUUUUAUUUUUCUUCGGAUAUUGCUUUUCUAUGGCGUCGCAACGUUGCCAUACACCUUCCACCUCUCUCGUCGCAUGAUAAGGAUAUGAUAGACUUCGCCUGUGCGGCGAUUUAUAUAGCGAGAUUUAUAUCUAUAUUUGCGAACGAUAUAUAAAUAGUCGAUGCGUAAAAGUAGACGAUGUGGAGGGAACACAAUAGGCCGCGGCAAUGUUACCCACGUGUUUCUUAUUUUUAAAGAAAAAUUACAAAGUUUAUUAAAAAAAAAAAAAAAAAACUACGUAGA